AAAAAGAACCUCUUAUUCACACGAACAACGCAUCAAACAGUUUGGUUUUUCAGCAACGACGACGAAGUACACGGAUUAACCCAAAAGGUUACAGACUUACAGAUUAAUAAAUAGCUGAAACUAGUGGAAGCAGAUUGGUGAGCAAGUAACAUGAAUUUCAAGAACAACUUGGGGAAUGAGCCACCAGGAGACGGUGGUGGUGGUGGAGGAGCGUUGACCAGACAAGGUUCGAUAUACUCGUUGACAUUCGACGAGUUUCAGAGCAGUUUAGGUAAAGAUUUUGGGUCAAUGAACAUGGAUGAGUUGUUAAAGAACAUAUGGACUGCUGAAGAAACACAAGCCAUGGCUGUGGCUGCUUCAACCAGUAGUGUUAUUCCACUUGCUGGAAGCCAAGAGGGUCUGCCGUUGCAGAGGCAAGGCUCUUUGACUCUGCCCCGAACGCUUAGCACGAAAACGGUUGAUCAAGUGUGGAAAGAUCUGUCUAAAGAUGGAGGCGGGACAAACUUGACCCAGUCUCAGAGUCAGAGUCAGAGUCAGAGGCAGCAGACGUUAGGUGAAGUAACUCUGGAGGAGUUCUUGGUACGUGCUGGCGUUGUGAGAGAGGAAGCUCAGAUUGCUGCAAACACGAGUUUCUCUGUCCUGGCUACUCCUCAAAAUGUUGUUCCCGGUUUAGUGGGGAACCGUGGUGCCGAGACUCUGAAUCAUAUGCAGCAGGUUCAAGGUUCUAGCUUGCCUCUGAAUGUAAAUGGAGCAAGAUCUACAUACCAGCAACAGCCAAUCAUGCCUAAGCAGCCUGGUUUUGGCUAUGGGAUAAGAGGUGGAUUUGGAGAACAGUCUGUAACGAACAAUAUGGGGGGCUUGGUCCAAGGUACUGGUACCAUGGGCGUUGGUGCAGUGUCUCCUGUUACGCCAUUGUCAGCAGAUGGGAUAGGGAAGAAUAAUGGUGAUUCUUCAUCGCUUUCUCCGUCUCCUUACAUGUUUAAUGGUGGUGUGAGGGGUAGAAAGAGUGGUGCUGUAGAAAAAGUUGUCGAGAGGAGGCAAAGGAGAAUGAUAAAGAACCGAGAAUCAGCCGCAAGGUCACGGGCCAGGAAACAGGCUUAUACCGUGGAGCUUGAAGCUGAAGUUGCCAAGUUAAAGGAAGAGAAUGAAGAGUUACAAAGAAAGCAGGCAAAGAUUAUGGAAAUGCAAAAGAAUCAGGAGAUGGAGAUGAUGAAUAUUCAAGGAGGUGCAAAGAAAAGGCUGAGGAGGACAGAGUCAGGACCUUGGUGAAUCAUACUUAGUUUCUGUAGAUAAAUAAUCCCUACAUGUGUUUAGUUUGAAGACCAAAGAGAGAGAGAGAGAGAGAGAGAGUUUCAUGGUUUAUAUUGUAAGCUCUUUCCAUAUGUGUUCUCUUAUACAUACACAAAGUUAUCUUAAUCUCUUUACUUUAAUUAGACCAAGGUG